UUAUUUUUAAAAAACCUAUAGCCUGAAAACUAGUUUGGAUUCAACUGUUGUUUGGAGUUACUGAGCAGAGAUGUUUGGACUAGUAUCCAUUUUCUAUCAUUUAUUGGAUCCUAUCAAAGCACUGUUCAGGGCUGGUGUUUCCAUAUGGGGAUGGGGAGGCCUUGGCGUCGUUCUUUUUGUAGUCACUUUUGGACCUUUUGCUAUAUUUUACUUUGCGUUCUAUAUCCUGUGCUUUCUUGGUGGGGGUCUUGCAGUUACACUGCUGUUUGGAAAAAUAAAUUCCGAGAAAUAUCUUGAAAGGUGUGAGCAUUCUUUCCUUCCUGCAGCACCAACUGCUCUCCCCAGAGCUUUAGAAGAAAUGAAACGUGAAAGUAGACAAAUAAAGAUUGACAGGCGAUUGACUGGUUCCAGUAUAAUUGAUGAACCUCUACAGCAGGUGAGUAGCAAAGAAACAAAACAUCCUUUUUGUUUAUUGUUUGAGUAUGACACUGCCUCAUUAUACUCCUUCAUAUACACCUCUAUUGAACAAUUAAUUGCACUCUCCUGCUGUUUCUCAUUUGAGUUGCUGUUCAGCGAUCGUGAAAACCUUGCAAAACCAGAGGUUUCUCAGUCAAAGGAGGUAGACUGGCAACCAUAUUUUACUACACGGUUGGUAAAUGAUUUUGCUGCACAUCUUCAUGUAUUCAGAAAAGCUCAACAAAGGAUAGAAGACUCAAAGCAGAAGAAAGAUGCUUCAGAAGAAUUUGUUGACACUUUUUUUGAAGUUGAAGUGGAAAUGGAGAAAGAAGUCUGCCGUGACCUGAUCUGUACUUCAGUUAAAGAUGAAGAAGCAUUCCUGAGGGAUCUUUGUGAGAUAUUAUUGUAUUUGUUUCUACCUCCUGGAGACUUCCAUAACAAAAACAUGAGAUACUUCCUGAGGGAAACUUUGGCAAAAGGUAUCCUUUUGCCGUUAAUCAACCAACUCAGUGAUCCUGACUACAUUAAUCAGUAUAUUAUAUGGUUGAUCCGCGAUGCCAAUUGUAAUUAUGAAGCCUUUUUGAAUAUUAUCAAAUUAAGUGACAAGGUCGUAGAACUAGAAGCAGUGAGGGAUCGAGCAGCAGAAGAGCUGCAGUAUCUUCGAUCUUUAGAUACUGCUGGUGAUGAUAUAAGCGCUAUAAAGAAUCAGAUGAACAGUUUACUGUUCGUGAAGAAAAUCUGUGAAACGAGAGUUCAGAGAUUAAACUCAGGAAAGGAAGUAGAUAGGCUCAAGCUUGCUGCGAACUUUGGAAAACUUUGCACGAUACCCCUAGACAGUAUUCUUAUGAACAAUGUUGCAUUACAGUUUUUCAUGGAUUAUAUGCAGCAAACUGGGGGACAAGCACAUCUCUUCUUCUGGUUAACCGUAGAAGGAUAUAGAGUUACUGCACAGCAACAGCUCGACGUUUUGCGAAGUGCACAAAAGGAUGGAAAAAGACAGAGCAAUCAAACCAAAGGAUUGCUGCGUGCUGCAGCUGUUGGUGUUUAUGAUCAGUAUUUGUCAGAGAAGGCAUCUCCAAGAGUCCAUGUGGAUGAUAAUUUGGUUUCUAAAUUGGCAGAAAAACUAAAUUAUGAGGAUACCACACCAGAGAUAUUUGACGAUAUUCAACGAAAGGUCUAUGAAAUUAUGCUGAAGGAUGAGCAAUUCUACCCUUCUUUCAGGCAAAAUCCGCUUUAUGUGCGGAUGUUAGCUGAGUUAGACAUGUUGAAAGAUCCAAGCAUCAGAGGGUCAGAUGAUGGCGACUUGGAGUCUUUCAAUGGUUCCCCAACUGGCAGUUUAAAUUCGUCUCUCGACGAUCUUUCAAAUGCCAGCUCUGAAGAUUCUUUGCAACUGCAAGUAUCUAUUAGUGACACUGUCCAUGCUGACUAUGAACCAUAUCCUGUGGCAGGAGUGUGUAAUGACCAUGGCAAGACAUAUGCUCUGUAUGCAAUCACUGUUCAGAGAAGAAAUCCAGAUGGUAGUGAUGAUGUGUGGAAGACCUAUCGCCGCUAUAGUGACUUCCAUGACUUUCACAUGCGGAUAACUGAACAGUUUGAAAAUCUUUCAAAUCUGCUCAAACUUCCUGGGAAAAAAACCUUUAAUAACAUGGAUAAAGACUUCUUGGGAAAGCGGAAAAAAGACCUAAAUACAUACCUACAGUUGUUAAUCAACCCUGAAAUAAUAAGAGCUUGUCCAGGUUUGAUCCCAUAUGUGAAUGAGUUUCUGGAGAACAAAGCCUAUAGCAAGGGAAAGGGAGAUUUUGCUCGCAAGAUGGACACGCUUGUAAAUCCACUGCGUAACUCGAUGAGAAAUGUUUCAAAUGUUGUUAAGUCAAUUCCAGACAGUCUUGCAGAAGGAAUGACAAAAGUAUCAGACAAUAUGGAUAAGUUGGGACAUGAACUUAAGCAUACGUUUUUGAAGGUUCCUCCACUGAAGCCAGAAGAAGAUAGUGAACAUGUUCGUGUUUCUGCCCAGUUGGAUGAUAAUGUUGAUGACAACAUUCCUCUCCGAGUUAUGCUGCUUCUCAUGGAUGAAGUAUUUGAUUUAAAAGAUAAAAAUCACUGGUUAAGAAGAAAUAUCAAAAACUUACUUCAGCAGCUUAUCCGAGCAACUUAUGGGGACACAAUCAACAGAAAAAUUGUGGACCAUGUUGAUUGGAUGACUUCGCCAGAGCAAGUUGCAGAAACUGUAAAACGAUUCAGAGAUUCAUUCUGGCCUAAUGGUAUCUUAGCAGAAAGUGCACCACGCAGGGAAAAGGCUAUAAGAAUGCGCUCAAGGGUGGCAGCUAAGACUAAGAUGCUGGUGAUUAUGCCAGAUGAACUAAAACAUAUCAUUGGUGCUGAAACAACACGGAAAGGCAUUUUACGAGUCUUUGAGAUGUUCCAGUAUAACCAGUUAAACCGAAGGUUGGUCUAUGUGUUUCUAGAAGGCUUCCUUGAAACGCUUUUUCCCCAAUACAAAUUUCGUGAGCUCUUCAUCAAAUUGCAUUCACGAUCACAGCGGUUGCAAAAAUACAAGCAGAAGUCUCAGUCAGUUCAAGUUGCUUCCUCUCAAAAGAGGUGACACUUCCAGCAUGAAAACUGUGCCCUAUGGAUUGGGUCUUGUGCACCUGCCCUAGUUCAAUCUAUGUUACAGCAGUUUCUCUGGGGCUCUGAAACAUACACAGCUGCAGUUAUGAUGCCAUCUUUUUGUGCCAGCCUCUAGAGCCAUGACUCAUUGGCUUACUUCAGAUGAUGUUUGUCUGCUGUUUUUGAGUUUUUAAUGCACUUUUCUCUCAUAAUAUUCCUGUGUAUCAUAACUGUUUUAUAUUUAUUAUAAUGUCUUCAAAGCUCAUUGAGAAAAUGUGAUUAAUUCAUAAUAGAAGAGCUGUAGAUGCAUGGUUGAACUGCAUCUUGUAGCUGUCUCCUUGUGUCUAGUUAGCGUCAAAUCAAUUAUGCAGCCACUGAAUCAUCUCUCAGACAGGUAAUGGGAAUAGCAGUAUUGCUUAAGGAUAGGUCAAAGCACAAUUAUGAUUUUGCAUUUGAAUGAACUAGUGUUUAUCCAGUUUGGAAAGCAAAUGAUGAAUUCAGCACAAAUCAACAUUUUUGUUUGAGAAAAUGUGAUGGCUGAUGGGCAUCGGUUUUAAAAAGGACAGCAUUAAAAGAGUACAAAUAUGUGUUCAAUUAUAUGCCCCUAAAAAGCCUAAAUGAAUAUCUUUUGUAAGCAGGAACAGAAUUCUAGGUAUUUUAACUGAUGUGGAUUUGAUCUGGUAUCUCAAAACUUGAUCACUGAUCUGAGAGAACCACAAGAAUAGGUUAUAUUCCACCCACUGCCUGCACAUGUCAAAACAGCUGAAUAAAGCAGUCUUUUUUAGUUGCAUACAUGUCUGUGCUUGGUCCAUAAGUCAAGGAGUUACUGAGCCGUGUAUUUUCAUACAACCGUAAAGCCUCCAGAGAUUAUUGUAAAUUUUAAUGUACAGAGAUUUUAAUGUACUUUAAAGUUGGGUGUGUUCAAGAUAACAAGUGAGUGCUCUGAUUAGGAUUGAUCAGAUUAAUGUUGCCACUCUAGCAAAUAUAAUUUGAAAUUAGCCUUAAAUGUCCCGUUUAAAAAUAGUUUUCUCAUUUUAACCCGACCGGAUUGUUUCCAAAUACUGGUUUUCACUUGUGUAUGGUAAAUAUUUCAACAGAAAUAAGUGCCCAUUUCUGCAAUCGUCAGAAAGCUAUGAUCUGUAAAAUGUAAUUUGCGUAUUACCAAAUCUUAUUUCUAGCAAACAUCUUUAUGGAAAUUAAUUUAAAUGGGCCCCAUCCACAUACUUUAUACUGAGAUUUUAAUUUUGUGCAAUAUUUCUUUAGCAUAUGUGCGUUUAAAUAAAUUGUAAAAUGAAAAAUUUUAAAUGUUUUGCAAUGUAUGUUUAACAGUCGUCUUAACCCAACAACGUGCAUUCUGUUGUUGAUGCAUUAGUUUAUUUAAGGACUUGUUUUAAAAGUCUAGUCACUCCUUGUAAACUCACUUGUCACGGAUGAAAUUUCCUCAUCCGAGCACGGCUUGUAAACUACAGGGGGAUCUUAAGAGCACAUGGUAAAUAGCUAUUAAUGAAUUUGUGCAUUUCAUUGUACAGUGUCAACAGUGUGCCUAAUUGUACUGUCAAUUUUUCUUAUUUCUGAAAGAACAAAUGUCAAUCAGAAUGUCUUGGUGGUUUUUAAUAGACUGAAGAGGAACUCUAAAUUUUUGAGUUUGCAUUAUGCUAUUAAAAUGUUCAAUAGAACACAUGAUGAAAAGUAUCACACUAAAUAAAGUAUUAACUGAACUAAGA